UGUGUUGUGCUGUCAAAAACUUGUCAAAAAUAAAACAAGAUGCUUGUUAUUAUUUUGUGUUUAGUAUAAGAUGUUUUAAAAUUUAAUACUUAAAUGCCACUAAUAAAAUAGCCGCUAAAUGAAUAAAAACGUUCAUUUUCCAUUUAUCAACAUUCAGUAAAGUUUUCGUCUAAUAUCUACCAUAAGUUGCGAAGUGAAGAAUGAGUAAAAGACGCCGUGCUUCCUCGGUGGCAAGCCGAGGAGUUGACUGCGAUGACAGUGAUGAUGGAGUGGAACUGAGCAACCCUGGACCUCCACCAUCUCGGAAGAAAAAAAAGUUGGAACCGAGUGAGAUAUGCCAGCAGUUGUAUGACAUAAUCCGCUCAUACAAGAAGGAGGAUGGCACUCUGCUGUGUGACUCUUUCAUCCGAGCGCCCAAGAGGCGCCAGGAGCCGCAGUAUUAUGAGGUUGUGUCACAGCCUAUUGACUUGUUGAGGGUGCAACAGAAGCUCAAAACGGACACAUACGAGGACAUAGAGGAGCUAUCAGCAGAUAUUGAGCUAUUAGUGAACAAUGCUAAAGCCUUCUACAAACAGGAUUCUGAGGAAUACAAAGAUGCCAUCCAGCUGUGGAAGCUUUACAAUAAGAACAGACAUUCACUUGAGAGUGGUGAGGAACAAAAAACUCCUAAGUCAUCCCGCAAUGGCUCGUCAAGUAGAAGGUCAGACGUUGCCGAAGAUGUCUCGGAGACCUCCACUAACAAUGAAGAGGAUAACAUAUUUGAGGAGUUGUUUAACGCUGUGAUGUCAGCAAACAUCGACGGGCGUCCCCUAUACCCAGCCUUCCAAUUCCUCCCGUCCAAGCGUCGCUAUCCCGAAUACUUCAGCGUAAUAGAUUCACCCAUAGACCUCAAGAUCAUCGCACAGAAGAUCCAGAGCGGAGAGUAUACCAAUCUCAAUGAGCUGGACAAAGAUCUGAACAACAUGGUGCGCAAUGCUUGUCUCUUCAACGAGCCGGGCAGUCAGAUUUACAAGGAUGCUAAGACUUUGAAGAAGAUAAUUCAAGUCCGCAAGCAGGAAAUAGAACAACACAAUCGCAGCGGGCCGGCGAAGGCAUCAGAACGCAUCCGGUCCAAGCGUACUUCCAGGGUCGGCCCCGUCCCGUCCAGCCGAGCUCUAGCCAUCAUGGACCCACCGGGCUCUGACAAUGAGCCUGAAGUCAAGCAUUCUGAGGACAGCGGUGGUGAAAGUGAUGAAGAAAAAAAUGUGAAUGAAGAUUCCCCGCAGUGGAAACUUCUGGAAGCUGUCAAAAAUCAUCCAGGACCCAGCGGUGCUCCCAUGGCACAACCCUUCUGGAAGCUUCCAUCACGCCGCGAAUAUCCAGACUACUACAAAGAGAUCAAGAACCCAGUAUCGCUCAACCAAAUCAAGAACAAAAUUCGCCGCGGCCUGUACGGAACCCUAUCCGAAGUGGCGGGCGAUAUGAAUAUCAUGUUCGAAAACGCCAAGCAGUUUAAUGUGCCCACUUCUAAACUAUACAAGGACGCUGUCAAACUGCAAAGAUUAAUGCAACAGCGCGUACAGGAAAUGCUGGAUAUCGUCCAGAGCUCGUCAAGUGACGACGAAAGUCUUUCCUCAGUGAAGAACCAGGCUCAAGCCACCACCACCACUACGCCUCGACCCAGAGGUCGUCCUCGCAUCAACCCAAUACCGGUCACAGCUCCUACCCCCGCUCCAUCGCCAGUCGUGCCCAAAUCCAACGUACCCCUGAAGAAGAAGCUUCACUUCAUAUCCAAGCAGCUGGUAGAAUUCACCUGCUCCGACGGCAGACAGCCCAUGUUACUGUUUAUGGAGAAACCCAGCAAGAAACUGUACCCGGAGUACUACAACGUGAUCGAUCGGCCGAUAGACAUGCUGACUAUCGAAGCCAAUAUCAAGAACGAUCGCUACAACACAAUAGAGGAAAUGGUCACCGAUUUCCGCCUGAUGUUCUCCAACUGCCGUCAGUUCAACGAAGAAGGCUCCAUGAUAUAUGAGGAUGCUAACCUUCUAGAACGAGUCAUGAACGAGAAGCUUAAAGAACUAAACAGCGCGAACUACGAGCGGAAAACUCCAUUGAAGACCUUUAAAGCAGCAAAGUCCAAGCAGUUAUCUCCUUUUGAACAGAAGUUGAGGACUUUGUAUGACGCUAUUCGAGAUUAUAGAGAUCCUAAAGUUAACCGCCAAUUAGCUCUCAUCUUUAUGAAGUUGCCAAGCAAAAGCGAAUACCCAGACUACUACGAGCUCAUCAAGAACCCCAUAGACAUGGAGAAGAUAGCCCAUAAACUGAAGAACGCCGUGUACACUUCUGUCAAUGAAUUGGCUUCCGAUUUCAUACUGAUGUUUGACAACGCGUGCAAAUAUAAUGAACCGGAUUCACAGAUUUAUAAGGACGCCCUGAUAUUGCAGCGAGUGUGUUUACAGACUAAACAGCUUUUGCGCGAGGAUGAUGACGCGGUACCAGACGUGCCGGCCGCUGUACAGGAAUUGCUGCUGAAUCUGUUCACGACAGUCUAUAACCACCAGGACGAAGAGGGCAGAUGCUACUCGGACAGUAUGGCGGAGCUGCCCGAGCACGAUGAAGCCACUAACGGGGAGAAGGUUCGAGCCAUCUCACUGGACCUCGUCAAACGUAGACUCGACAAGGGUCUCUACAAACGAUUGGAUCACUUCCAGCAGGACAUGUUUGCGGUUUUCGAACGAGCCCGUCGUCUAUCCCGCACAGAUAGCCAAAUCUUCGAAGACUCCGUGGAACUACAAUCAUACUUCAUAGAGCAGCGCGACAUACUGUGCCGCAACACCCUGUCGUCGCCCGCUCUCAACUUCACCCGUGACACCAUCGCCACCAGUGUGGAACUCGUGAAGCAAUGCAAACUGCUGCAGGAGAAUGACGAGGAGGAGGAAACCAGAUCAAGUACAGAAGAAUCCAUGAAUUCAAGCGGGGCGCCUCCCCCGACACAAUACUCUAAGGGGGACUUCGUCUACGUGCAGCCAGAGAAGGGUAAUAAGGAACCAUCUAUUGUGCAAAUUGAACGGGUUUGGACCAACUCCGAAAAUGUGCCUAUGGUUUAUUGCAACAUUUACUUUAGACCCCACGAGACCUUCCACGUGCGUACACGCAAGUUCCUCCAACAAGAAGUGUUUAAGACGGAAACACACCGCACGAUUCCAUUGGACCACGUCAUCGGGCGAUGCUACGUCAUGAACGUCAAAGAGUACUUCAAGUUUAGGCCGGAAGGUUACUUGGACAAAGAUGUGUAUGUGUGCGAGAGUCGCUACAACAGCAGGCAUCGCUGGUUCAAGAAGAUCAAAGUGUGGGAAGGCGCUGAAAAGGAAGCCACUCUUACACCCAGAGAGACCCCAUUGGAGCCGAACAGAACGGUGUCAGUGUUCCGUGAGCGAGUGGAGAAGCACAAGGAUGAGCUCGCUGAACUUGAAGUGUUGGAGAAUGUGCAGGAGAAGGAGAGACCUGAUGUGGUAAUGUACAACCCGUUGGGCACAGACGAUGAGAAUACCUACUACGAACAGUACAACACAGUUUGUUCCGGAGUCAUCAAAACCGGCGACUUUGUGUACGUGGUCACCGACGGAGGCAAGCAAAUGAUCGCUCAGGUCGACACCAUAUGGGAGACUGCUGACAACAAAUGCUACUUCCGUGGACCUUUCCUCAUCUUCCCGUCUGAAGUAGCCAACAUUAUCAGUAAGCCAUUCUAUAAGCAGGAAGUGCUUCUAACAACGAUGCACGACACAAGUCCACUUGUGGGCAUCGUGGGCAAAUGUGGAGUCCUCGAUUACGAUGACUAUCUCAAGUGUCGUCCCACGGAAAUAGCUGAGACGGACAUAUACGUGUGCGAGUCCGUGUACGAUGAAUCGAACCGCAUCGCCAGGAAACUCAAGUCUGGCCUGCGGAAAUUCGAACACACUAAGGACGUCACUGUUGACGAGAUUUACUACUUCCCCAAACCCUUGGGUCCGCCCGCCUUAGCGACGGCUCAAGACGUGCAGUCGUCUUCGAGCGCCUUCACACAGAAGCCGUUCAACCCUAACGUCAACGCUGAUUCCAUGGACGGCAAGCCGCAGUUCACGAAUCUCAUCAACACGACGAUCGGCAGCCAGGACGUGGAAAUGCUCCUGGAGAACUCCCUCGACGACUCUUCCUUGGCAUCGCCCGCCACGCCGCUUUCGAUAGGCGGCAACAGUAACCCCUACAAUCCGUCAAUGACGCCCUCGUCGACUCAGGAGCGAACCAGCCAGGCUGCGGCCACGCCGGCCAGCGGCAAGAAGAAGAAAGAACAGAAGCAGAAGAUCGUCACCGGCUAUAUUCUAUAUUCUUGUGAAGUGCGCAAGGCUAUUGUGGCCAAUAAUCCUGAAUCUACAUUUGGCGAGAUAUCCCGUAUAGUGGGCAACGAGUGGCGAUCUCUGCCCGCCGCCACGAAGCAGAGCUGGGAAGAGCGCGCGGCCAAGUGCAACGAGGAAACCUCCGCGCGGCUAGCGGAGGAGAUGCGGGAACUGACGCAGCACACCCCCAUGGAGAUGACGUAUGAGUGUGCGUGGGACACGUGCGACUAUCAGUUCGAGGACCUCGCCGACUGCAUGGAGCAUUGCAUCGGCGACGGCGGCAACAUGAUUGGAACAUUCGUUGAGACCAAGAAGACUAAGUUAGAACCGGGUCACAUCCAACAACACUACCGCGCGGGCGGCGCGCCCACCAACAACACCAGCGGCAACAGCGAGUACCCCUGCCUCUGGCGGAGCUGCGCGCGGGUGCGCAAGGGCCAGGCGCCUUUCCCGAACCUCCCACGGCUGCUGCGACACGUGCGCGACUUGCACGUCAACAAGGGGAAUGGACGACCCAUGGCGGUGCACGAGCGAUCCAGGAACUACGUGCCGUCCUCCAAGAAGCCGCCAAAGCAAUACGUGUCCGGAAUCCGCAGCGGGCUGAUGUCGCCGGGAGGCAUGUCCCCCAUGGCACGCAACACGCCGUCCCCCGGCGCGGGCGAGUCUAGCGGCGCGGGCAUCGCGCUGGGAGCCCCGGCGCGGGCGGGCCACGACCCGCUGUUCGUGCCCGCACCCCCCCGCGCACAGAGGGUCACCCACUCUGAAGCUUACAUCAGAUACAUCGAGGGUCUCCACUCAGAACAGAAGUACAUCACCCCGUGGGAGAAAUCCCUCACCCCGAUGCCGGCCAACCCCGACCCCGCGCACUUCAACAUGCACAAGCUGCCUUCGCACUGGCUUACCGAGGACACCGUCAACGGAUACUUGCAGCAAGACAAGACGGUCGCGGAAACAGACAUACAGAAGAUGGAUCAAAACACCAAGAUCCUUAAAGGCCUUUGCGCCUUACGCGACUUUAUGAUGAGAGAUGCCCUCGCUAUUUAUAAAAGCUUCUAAGACAGAAGAAUUAUAUUUUUUUACUAACAAGUAACAGUAAUUACUAAUUAAGUAAGAUUAUGAGAAAUUAGUAGUAAUUUACUAAUUAAGGUUAAGGAGUUUUGUAGUAAAAUUUAAGAAAAAAGUAAAAUUAUGUAUUGACUUAUCAAUAAAUCUUAAUUGAUUAUA